CCGACCGAAGCACAUGAAGGGCUUCGACUUGAAAGCGGUCAAGGAGGAAGCCAGAGGCGCGAUCAACAUGCUGAAGCAAUGCCUCCAACAGGCGCUCGUGCGCAAAGAGAACCUCGUGGAGGACCUCAUGCGCGCGGAGCGCGACAGAGAUCAGAGCGUGGAGGGAAUCAAGCUGCAGAUGGAGAGCGCGAACGCGUCCGCGCAGGCGUACGAGCGAGAGCUCGACGCGGUGAAAGGGCAGCUCGGCGCCGCGCGAUCGCAGACGGUGGCCGUGGAGGGCGAGCUGAAAGCCGCGCGCGAGGAAGCCGAGAGCGAGCUCAGGCGCGUGAGGGACCAGGCGGACUGGGACGCUCGCAGGCACGACGACGACUUCGAGGCGAAGGACAAUGAGAUCAAGAGCCUGCGGGCGCGGCACGAGGCUACGCAGGAGAGUUUGCGGGAAGUGCGCGCCGACCUCGCCGCGGUGCGCGAGUCCGCGGCGCGCUCGGAGCGCGAGGCGCACGCGCUGAAGCGCGACCGCGAGAACGGCGAGGCGGCGUACGCCGCGGAGAGAAAGGCGCUGGAGGAUCAGAUACGCGCGAAGAUUGACGAGGUCACGACCGAGCGCGCCAACGCGAACCGCGCGCGAUCGGAGUUUGACGAAAAGCUGAGAGGGAAAACCGCGGAGGUGGACAAACUCUCGCGUCAGCUCAAGCUCCUCGAAGCGCAGGCGGAGAACAUCGAGCAGGGCGGCCGCAAGACAAAGGCGGAGCUGUCCUCGAAGCUCGCGUCCGCGGAGUCCGAGCUCGAGGGCGUCACGAAGGAGUUCAACAGAGAGAAGACGCGCGCGGAGGAGACGGAGAAGGGGCUGAACGAGGCGCUCGCCGCGGCGGUCGCUCGAGGGGACGAGCUCGAGGGUUCGCUCGCGACCGUCACCGCGGACGCGGCGAGCUUGAAACAGAAGCUGAACGCCGCGCAAGCGCGCGUUGACGAGCUCGAAUCCCAAGCGCUCGACGCGGACGCGAUGCGCCGCGCACUGCACAACCAGAUCCAAGAGCUCAGAGGAAACGUCCGCGUGUUCUGCCGCGUCCGACCGACGACGAGCGAGACGGCGUGCGUCGACGUCGCCGCCGACGGCGCGUCGGUGGCGUUGACCAAAUCCCAAGGGGGCGACAAAGAGUCCUCCGUCGCCGGGUUCGAAUUCGACCGCGUGUUCGGGCCGUCGUCCACGCAGACGGAGGUGUUCGAGGAAGUCUCGCAGCUCGUGCAGAGCGCGCUGGACGGGUACAAGGUGUGCCUGUUCUCGUACGGCCAGACGGGCUCGGGGAAGACGCACACGAUGCUCGGGGACCAGGCGUGCGAGAAGACGCGCGGGAUCAUUCCUCGCGCGGUGGCCAAAGUUGUCGAGGCGUCCGAGGCGAACGCGAAGAAGGGAUGGCGGUACGACAUGACCGCGUCGUACGUCGAGAUUUACAACGAGCAGGUGCGAGAUUUGCUGUGCGCCGGGAGCGGACACAGCGAUAAACACUCCAUCGUGCACACGCCGCGCGGCGUCACCGAGGUGAGCGGCGUGCGGAGAGAGCCGGUUGCGAGCGUCGACGCCGCCGCCGGCCUCGUGCGUCGCGCCGCGUCGGCGCGCGCGGUGGAGGCGACGCAGAUGAACGCGGUGUCCUCGCGCUCGCACACCAUCUUCAUGCUGUACAUCACGGGUACGCACGACGCGUCCGGGUCGAGGCUCACCGGGUGCUUGAACCUCGUGGAUCUGGCUGGGAGCGAACGCGUCGGGCGAUCGGGCGCCGAGGGCGCGCGGCUCAAGGAGGCGUGCGCGAUUAACAAGUCUUUGUCGUGCCUCGGGGACGUGUUCCAGGCGCUGUCGAACAAGCAGUCGCACGUGCCGUACCGGAACAGCAAGCUGACGUAUCUGCUGCAGCCGUGCCUCGGCGGCGACGGGAAGACGUUGAUGUUUGUCAACAUCAACCCGGAGGCGCCGAGCGCGGAGGAGUCGCUGUGCUCGCUCAAGUUUGCGUCGCAGGUGAACGCGGUGGAGCUCGGGGGGGGGAGGGGCGCGAAGAGGAACAUCACGUCGGGGAUGGCUUCCGGCGCGAACGCGUCCGGCGGCGGCGGCGGCGGAGGGGGGGGGAGCAGUAGCGGGAAGGGUGCGGAGAAGAAAGGGGAGAAGAACGCGGGGAAGAAGCGAGCCGCGGCCGGCGGCGGCGCUGGCGGCGGCGACGCGGCGAAGAAGAAGACGCGGACGAAGCGGUGAGCCGCCGGGCAGAGCCGCCGCGCUCGCGCGGUAGUCGUACAGUACAAGUACUCGCGACGAAGUACUUUCGAUGGAUCUACGUAUCAUGACAGAAGAUAACGAACGCGUCGUCACUCAGCGCACGUGCACGCUCCCUCCCUUCUCGGUCAUCAACACGACGCCGCCGCCGCGCCGUCUCGCGCGUCCGCGCGCCAAGAACGCCUCCGCGCCGCCCCCUUGAAUCGCGCGAAACGCCGCGUCGAACACGUCCUUCUCCCGGACCUUCCUCCUCCCCUUUCGCCCUCCUCCUCCUCCUCCGCUCGUCUCGCACUCCUCCGCGAUCGCCUCCACCGCCGCGCGCACGUCAUCCUCGUCCGCGAGCAACAAACUCGGGGCUAAUCCCAACACCCGCCCGACGUCGCCGCCGCGCAAGACGGCGCGCACGGCGACGGCGCGGCGCACGACGGCUUCCGCGGCGAGCUCGAACAACGCCGGCUCCCGAUGCAGCAGCAUCGGCGCGUCGAUGAACGGCAUGUACCGAUCCAGCGACAGCACGAUCGCCUCCAUCCGCGUCGGGUCGCGGUACACGCUCCCUCGCGCGCUCGCGGUGACGACCGCGCGACACGCGGACGACCCGCCCCAGAGGUUCCAGAACCGAACUUUGAGAUCCUCCGCUCGACUCGACGUCCC